GUCAAAGUCCGAGUCAAAGCCAUGCGCAUCAUCAACGCUGCGCCCCUCGCGGGCUUUUUAUCCCUCGCGGGCUUGUCGCUCGCAACAAACCCGAACGGUACGUAUGGCUGCGCGGCGCUGAAGAAGGAUAUCCCCAACUCGUUGUUCGAGCGUAACUCGACGGUCUACAACGAUGAAUCGAACAACUUCUGGUCCAAUACGGAGAUCAUGUCACCCGAGUGCGUCUUUCGCCCGGAGUCCGCGACCGAGCUUGGUACGGCGAUUAAGUUGCUGAAGCGGACGAACACGCAGUUUGCUGUACGCGGUGGUGGCCAUAUGGGUAUCAGGGGCUCAAACAACAUUGACGGCGGUGUCUUGAUUGUCAUGUCGAAGCUGAACACUCUGGAGCUGAACGAGGACCAGUCCAUCCUGCACCUUGGUCCUUCGCACCGCUGGGGCGAGGUCUACUCUUACCUCCAGCCCUACGGCCUCGCUGUUGCCGGCGGCCGUCUCGCGCCCGUCGGUGUCCCUGGUCUGCUCCUGGCCGGCGGCGUGAACUUCUAUGGUAACCAGGUCGGCUGGGGCUGCGACACGGUCGUCAACUAUGAGGUUGUUUUGGCCGACGGCUCCGUUGUCCAAGUCAACAAGACCAGCUACCCUGACCUGUUCUGGGCGCUCAAGGGUGGUAGCAGCAACUUUGGUCUGGUGACGCGCUUCGACGUCGAGACGAUCAAAUCACCGCUUGUCUGGGCGGGUUCGUACACGGUGUCGGAGGAGUACAUUGAUGAUUUCCUCAAGGCCGUCGCUACCUUUGCCGCCAACAUCUCCGACCCUAAGACGCACAUUGUCCCCGCUCUGGUCCCUAUCCCAGGCUCGCCCACCGUUGCCUCCGCCAUCCUCUUCUACGACAGCGCCGACACCUCCUUCCCCGAGGUCUUCAAGCCAUUCACCGAUAUCCCGGUCUACGCCAGCACUCUUGGCUUCAAGACGCUUGCCGACUUUGCCGAGGAGCUUGGCCAGAUGGUCGUUGACGAUAUCAAUGACGUUUUCGUCGCCGGCACCGUCAAGGGCACGACCUAUGGCGAAUUGUACCAUGGUAUCAGCAUCAUCAACAGCACCUUCUUCGCCCGCCUGCCCGAACUAUACGCCAAAGUCCCCGCAUCCGCCAUCUCGACCAUCCAGCUCGACUGGCAACCGAUCGGCAAACUCUGGCUGGACGCCUCUGCCAAGGCUGGCGGUAACCCGCUGGGCCUCGACGCGUCGAAGGUCUACCUCGCGUACGCGGAGGUCGUCGAGUGGACCGAUUCGCAGUACGAUGAGGUCGUCAUGCAGUGGGUUGAGGAGACGACCAAUGCGAUCAACGCCGCCACCAAAAAGGCUGGUCUUUAUGAUCCGUUCAACUACAUUGGCGACGCGGCGGGCUUCCAGGAGAUUUUCCCAGGUUAUGGGGCAGAGAACCAUCGCCGACUGGCGAAGAUUGCACAAAAGUAUGACCCCCAUGCGGUCUUUCAGAGUUUGAUGCCGGGAGGGUUCAAGGUUUUUGAGAACUAG